AUGUAUCACGUUUUUGACGUUGCUUUGUUUGCAAAUAGCUGCGGUGACGUAAAACUAUAUGAUAUACCGGCUAACACUACUGCAAUAAACAUCACGGCAUGCAGCGGAACUAAAAAGAUACAGAACAGAAUUGCUGAUCAAGCGCUAUCAUGGUCUCAAGCUGUGGAGAGUUGCAAAACGAUGAAACUGGGUGCCGUUAGCGAUACAUUGCCUAACUGGGUCAGUGGAACUGACAUAAGAAAAUAUUUAGAAGAUAUAAACUACAAAAACCUAAACUACACGUUUUGGUUUGGUAUAUUUCGGCCGCAUCUACAUGUACGGAAAUGGUAUUCUUUCCGAGGCGCGUGCAAAGAAUACACGUACACAAAUCCCUCAGGUGAUCCUAACAAUGGACAAUGUGCUAUAAUCCGGAGAAAUGAAUUGGAAACAUUUCAUGAAAGCAUACAUGUUGAGGAUUGUAAUGAACAUUAUCCAUAUGUGUGCAACAGGUACCAUGGUUGUAACUAUUUCUUGGCAUAUAAAGGGUUUGAUGUAAUAGAGUCUCCAUUAGGAGCAAAUAGAAUUGACAUGCCGGAUGUUUCACUUAAUGUGUGCAAGGCGGAGUGUUAUGACAGCUCGUUUUGUAAUUCGUUUUCUUAUUCUGAUGAUUUAAGCGUUUGCACAUUGUAUGAAAGACGCAAAGGAUAUGCCGCUCUGAACUAUACCGUGAAUAUGUCAAGUUCGUCAAAUGUAACGCAUUACGCGAAAACAGGUUGCGUUGUUGAAUUUAUGUCAAACACAACUCAUGUCUCUGAGUCAUACGAAAUUCUAAAUCUUCCUGAUUGUGGAGUUGACGAAGUGCCGCCGACAUAUUGUCCUUGUAAGAGCUAUGAGCCCGACGAAAAUGUCACGGUGACUGGUGAUAUUGUAAAUGACAUAAUUAGAAACUUGACCAUAGAUCGAAAAUCCACAGCUUCUUACCAGCGGAGAUUGAAAAGUUCUACGGAUGAUCGUAAAGCGUCAAAAGCUUUUGGAACACUCGGAAUACUUGUAAUAAUUGGGACACUUUCUUUGCUUGUGUUAGCGGAUAUAUUCCUUCCGUUAAAAACGAAGUCAAACAAAAAUAAGAAAAAGUAGUAAAAAACGCUACUGCAUUAAGUCAAACUAACGAGGUAGACCUAUUUUUUCAAGCAAAUUGAGGUAGAAUGGUCAAGAACUAACGGAUGUCAGACGGACACAGCACCAUCGCAAUAGUAGAGAAUCUAUACUUUUAUGCGACAGAACUUUCAUAAUUUCAUUAUUUCGGAUGCGAGGGAUAUAUCCAGUCAUUCAUAGUAUAUGCACAAUUAAAUCUGUUUCCAAUGCCUAAACCUGGGGAGUCGUCGACAAUAAAUCACAUUUAUACUCUCUAUUAAUUAGCCUAAGUGUAAAUUGGUAUAAUUGUCAAUGAUUAAUAUUUUUUCUAUAUGACUAUUUACGUCAUUUAUCACAAUUGUUUAAUAUCGUUAUAUUGUUUAACCAUAUAUUCAUUUUACAAAUUAAAGCCUGGCGUUUGUU